AUGGCUCAUAGCUUCCUUCUCUUCCUCUUAUUCUCUUACAUUAUAUCUACAAAUAUUCAUGCCUGCAAACAAACUGAACGAAGCUCCCUCAUAUCCUUUGCCUCCACUCUAUCUUCUCCUCCUUUAAAUUGGAUAUCCAUUGAUUGCUGUUGUUGGAAGGGCAUCACUUGUAAUCAAGAUGGUUGGGUCACCCAUUUGCUCUUGCCUUUCAAAGGGAUCAAAGGAGGUAUCUCUCCUUCACUUGGAAAUCUCACACAUCUCACCCACUUGAACCUUUCCCACAAUUCACUAUAUGGUUCACUUGAAACUCAGUUCUUCUUGUCUUUGAAUCGACUCGAGUUCCUUGACUUGAGCUAUAAUCUUCUUUCUGGAGAGCUACCAUUUUCUCUACUAUCCAGCAAUAUACGGACAGUCGAUUUGUCCAGUAAUCACUUUCAUGGUUCAAUUCCAUCUUCAAUCUUCCAACGAGCAAGCAACUUGACUAGUUUCAAUGUCAGCAACAAUACUUUCACAGGGUAUGUCCCAUCCUCUAUUUGUCUCCAUUCUUCUCCCUUUGUUAGGCUAUUGGAUUUUUCUUCCAAUGAAUUCAGUGGCAACCUUGCUCUUGGGCUAGGGGAGUGUUCCAAACUUGAGGUUUUUCGUGCUGGUCACAAUAACCUUUCAGGUUUACUUCCAGAAGAUAUCUAUAAUGCUACCACACUUGAAGAAAUUGCAAUACCUCUCAAUUCACUACGUGGAGCCAUUAGUGAAAAAAUUGUCAACCUCACCAACCUUGCAAUCCUUGACCUCUACAUUAAUGAAUUGAGCAGCGAGCUUCCUUUCAAUUUGGGGAAGCUCUCCAAGUUGAAGUUUGUGAACCUUGAUUUCAACAAUUUAGAAGGUGCUUUGCCCCCAUCUUUGAUGAAUUGCACAAACCUUAUAGAACUACAUUUGGGAUUCAACAACUUGGAAGGAGAUAUCUCCAUGCUUGAUUUCUACAGACUUAGUCAACUCACAAAACUUGACUUAAGGGUGAAUAGCUUCACUGGUACGUUGCCAACAAGCCUUUACUCAUGUAGGUCCCUAAAAGCCAUUGGAUUGACAAGAAAUCAUCUAGAAGGACAAAUACAAGCCGAGAUUCUUUCAUUGAAAUCCUUAUCCUUCCUCUCGCUUGGUUACAAUCGAUUCACCAACCUCACAGGGGCAAUGAAGAUAUUAAUGAGUAGCGAAAGUCUUCACACACUCUUGCUUACUGGUUCCUUCGUAGGUGAGGGAAUGCCUUCUGAUGAUGACAUGGUUGAUUUUGAUGGAUUCCAAAAUCUUUGGAUGUUGAGUUUGGCCUAUUGUGACCUCACUGGUCAAAUACCUGUGUGGUUAUCAAAGCUAAAAAAUCUAGAGCUCUUGAGUCUAAAUUUUAAUCAAAUCACAGGGCGAAUUCCAAGUUGGCUAGGAACUCUUCCUAGACUGUUUUAUAUCAACUUGUCAUACAAUCGAAUUUCAGGUGAAUUUCCAAAGCAACUUUGUAGACUACCAAGUUUGGUUUAUGGACCUGUUGCAUCUCAAGUAGACCAAUAUGAAUUUGAAUUGCCUCUCUUCAAAAUCACAGGUAGACGACAAACUUAUCCACCGCGCAGAUUGUCUUACUUUCCAGGAUUGAUAGACCUAUCUCACAAUAACAUUUAUGGAGAUAUACCUACUGAGAUCAGCCAAUUACAGCUUCUCCGCGAAUUGUAUCUUAACUCCAACAACUUCGCCGGCGUCAUUCCAGACCAAAUAUCUAACCUAAAAGAUUUAGAGGUUUUGAACCUCUCCAUGAAUCAUUUGUCUGGAAAAAUCCCAUCGUCUUUGGUGAGCCUUAAUUUUUUGAAAAGGUUUGAUGUCUCAUGCAAUAAUCUCCAAGGACCAAUACCAACAAGCACGCAAAUCCAAAGCUUCAACACUUCUUCCUUUGAGGGGAAUCCAAAACUUUGUGGUGCUCCGCUUCCAAACAAGUGCGGACCAAAUAAGGGCAUUGAUGAAGAUAACAAGAACAACAAAGACAGUGACAAUUGGCUUCAUCAACUUCCAUGGUUUUAUAUUUUCGCUGCAUUGGGAUUCAUCGUGGGAUUUUGGGGAGUCUGUGGUUCUUUAGUUAUUAACAAGACAUGGAGAUACACAUAUUUUCAAUUCAUCGACACGAUGAACAGAAGGCUUAGAGGCUAA